CAGCGCUGCGCUGCGGGGCUGCGCUCGGGACUCGGCGAGCGCUCCGGAGCCGGGCCCGGGGGCACCGGUGCCGGGCGGACAGCCACGGCCCGCAGAUGUCAGAAUUAACCUGGACUACUUGAGAAUGGCGAAACAUAGCCCUGGGAUCCUGCCAUGAACAGUGCAUGAAGAGCAGAGGAGAUAUUUCCGCUUAGCAGAGAUGAUGUGGAGAGACGCUUUCUUCCUGCCUGUGCUCUCUGCUGGGAGGUCACCAAAGGGAGCACAGAGUUGCAGACUGGUCCCUGAUGGACACCUGGGUGACCAUGUGCUUUGUCAGUUCUUCAGGCAAUAAAUAUCUCAAAAGAAGAAUGGUCAGAGGAUGACAAGUGUAUUCUGAGUAGUACCGUGGUGACAACAUGCCAUUGAAAUGGAAAACGAGCUCUCCUGCUAUCUGGAAAUUCCCAGUUCCUGUGCUUAAAACAUCCAGGUCAUCGCCACUUUCUCCAGCAUACAUAUCUCUGGUGGAAGAGGAGGAUCCUCAUAUGAAAGUAUCUCUUGGUAGCAGCGAUAUGGGCAUCUCUGCCCACCUACAGUCUUCUAAGACAGGGACCACAAGAUUUUUCACCAGCAAUACUCACAGUUCUGUGGUAUUACAGGGUUUUGACCAGCUGCGAGUGGAAGGUUUGCUGUGUGAUGUGACACUUGUUCCAGGAGAUGGUGAUGAAGUAUUUCCAGUUCACAGAGCAAUGAUGGCUUCAGCAAGUGAUUACUUCAAGGCUAUGUUCACAGGAGGAAUGAAGGAACAGGAUUUGAUGUGCAUUAAGCUUCAUGGUGUGAACAAAAUAGGCCUAAAGAAGAUAAUUGAUUUUAUUUAUACUGCAAAACUUUCCCUUAACAUGGACAACCUUCAGGACACUCUGGAAGCUGCCAGUUUUUUGCAGAUUCUACCUGUCUUGGACUUCUGUAAAGUGUUUCUUAUCUCUGGGGUUUCCUUGGAAAACUGUGUUGAGGUCGGGCGCAUUGCCAACACGUAUAAUCUCACAGAAGUGGAUAAAUAUGUUAAUAAUUUCAUCUUGAAGAAUUUCCCCGCGUUAUUAAGUACUGGUGAAUUUGUGAAACUCCCCUUUGAACGUCUUGCCUUUGUGCUUUCAAGUAAUAGCCUUAAGCACUGCACUGAACUUGAACUCUUCAAGGCAGCUUGUCGCUGGUUGCGUUACGAGGAACCGCGGAUGGAGUACGCUGCAAAGCUGAUGAAGAACAUCAGGUUCCCCCUGAUGUCCCCCCAGGAUCUCAUCAACUACGUUCAGACAGUGGACUUCAUGAGGACUGACAACACCUGUGUCAACUUGCUUUUGGAAGCCAGCAACUACCAAAUGAUGCCAUACAUGCAACCAGUUAUGCAGUCGGAGAGAACUGCCAUCCGGUCGGACAGCACUCACCUGGUGACACUGGGAGGAGUGCUGAGGCAGCAGCUGGUUGUCAGCAAGGAGUUACGGCUCUACGAUGAGAAGGCCCACGAGUGGAAAUCCUUAGCUCCCAUGGAUGCACCCAGGUACCAGCACGGCAUCGCCGUCAUUGGAAACUUUCUCUACGUCGUCGGGGGCCAGAGCAAUUAUGACACUAAAGGAAAGACAGCGGUUGACACGGUCUUUAGGUUUGAUCCUCGCUACAACAAGUGGAUGCAAGUUGCAUCUUUAAAUGAGAAGAGAACCUUCUUCCACCUAAGUGCCCUCAAAGGACAUUUGUAUGCAGUCGGUGGGCGAAAUGCAGCGGGUGAGCUAGCCACUGUGGAAUGUUACAAUCCCAGGAUGAAUGAGUGGAGCUAUGUUGCAAAAAUGAACGAACCACAUUAUGGCCAUGCUGGAACUGUGUAUGGGGGAUUAAUGUACAUUUCAGGAGGAAUCACCCAUGAUACUUUCCAAAAGGAACUUAUGUGUUUUGACCCUGACACAGACAAAUGGACUCAGAAGGCUCCAAUGACGACAGUCAGAGGUCUGCACUGCAUGUGCACUGUAGGAGACAAGCUCUAUGUUAUUGGUGGAAAUCACUUUAGAGGAACAAGUGAUUAUGAUGAUGUUCUGAGCUGUGAAUAUUAUUCACCAACGCUGGACCAGUGGACUCCAAUUGCUGCCAUGUUACGUGGGCAAAGUGAUGUUGGGGUUGCUGUCUUUGAAAAUAAAAUCUAUGUUGUUGGAGGAUAUUCUUGGAAUAAUCGGUGUAUGGUGGAAAUAGUUCAGAAAUAUGAUCCAGAAAAAGAUGAGUGGCAUAAAGUGUUUGACCUUCCAGAAUCCCUUGGUGGCAUUCGAGCCUGCACUCUUACUGUUUUCCCACCGGAGGACAAUACGGGGUCACCAUCCAGAGAAUCUCCUCUUUCAGCACCUUAGAAACAUCCCUUGACUUAUGAUGUUGUAGUAACACCUUUGCACUGCAUCAUGGAGUCUUAUUUUUCUUCAGUAGUUCCUGUUAGGCUUAGCCUACAGCAUUUUGAACGCUUACUGGGGAAAAAAACAAAAAGAAACAACAAAACUUUGACGUUAUUUGUGCUGUGUGUUUGUCAAGUGGUUAACAAAAAAAAGACACACUCACCCAAGCCAAAUGUUUAACAAAUGAGAAGAUAAUGUCUGUAAAAUGUAUGAGCUAGGUACGUUAUUAAUGUUGUGUGUUGGGUGUGAGGUACCUUAUAGCUUACAUUUGGAAGCCCAUGAAGUCAAAUUUGAAGACUUAGUAUUAAAAAUAUUCUGUCACUAAAUGUCAUAGUUAAAAACAUUUUUCCUUUCAUUUUUUUGCUGGAAAGGGGAGGUAGAACACAUCAAUGUGAACUAUGACAGAAGGUUGCCAAGGAGCCUGAGCUAUCUCCCUCUUUUCACAGGCUGUUUUUGACAUAUCUGUUCAACCACCUGACUUUGUGGGUGCUUUCAGAGCAUAUGAAGUUUCUUAGGCAGAGGGGAGAAAUAAUUUUAAAUCAUUAUCACUAUACAGGAAGUGAACCUUGUAGAGGCUGGGAUUUUAUAACACAUAUCAAUUGUUUUUCCUGAGUCAGUUGAGUGAUGCUUCAAACAAAAGAUUUAAAAUGUUUGGAGUUUUUAAUUUGGUUUUUUUUUUCAGGAACUGGCUUCUGCUUGCAUGGGAGCACACACUAUUAACAAAUGGAAAUUCAGUGCAGUUGUAUAGUCUGUUGUAUGUCUGUACUGAAUAUAGGUAGAUAAGGGCUAGAAAUGUUAACUUAAGCCACUGAAUUUGACCAAAUCAUUCCAUCAGAUAAAAUUUAAUCUACCUUCUUUUCCUUUACUGUUAAGGUGACUUGCAUAAUGUGUCCUCUGUAUAGUUAAUAAGGUUAUUUAGCACAAAGUGCAGCUUCAGCGAGAGAGCUGCUUUUGCUCAGUGAACUUGGACUACCACAUUUUACCUUCUUUUGUUCAAUAAAACUUUUAACUGCAGUUAUUCAGUCUAAGCUACCUCAUUAAUGUAUUUUGUUUUCUUCCUCUGCCUCACCCUCUUCAGGAUACACAUGAUGUGGUUAGAUUAAUUGCUAGGAAACCAAUGCAGAAAUAAUGAUCAAUAUAGGUGUUUUUGACCUACUUUUAAGAAGCUGUUUUGGCCUAAUAUGUUCAUUUUAUUGUUAAGCACUGACAAAAGAACAAACAGUCAUUUUUGUUUGUUUGUUUCCUUGGACAGCUAUUGCUUAUGUGUGCAGUCAUACAGAUUUACAGAGGUUUUUUAUGUGCUCCAAAAUGAGGUGACUGCUGCAGCUCCAAGUGUUCAUACAAGGCUUGUUCUGAACUUCCCGUAACAUCUGAACUUCCCUACAAGUAUUUUUGGGAAUGGACACAGAAGAGCAUAGUCUGAGGAAAAACUGUUUGGAUCCAUUAGCUGACUUCAUUGUGCUAUUACCAGUAACCAUGUCAAGUUUAAGAGACUUCUGUUGGGAGUAUGCUAUUUGUAUUUUGUCCCUGCUUGAUACAUCAAGCAGCAGUAUUACUGUGGUGUCAAUUUUGGAAUUACUGAUAUUUAUUUUUUAUGCUUUUUGCUAGUAGUGAUCACUACCAAGACAUAUAUGUAGGCUUUAGGUUUUAUGAUUGUUUUUUCUAAAACCAAAAGCAGUUGUUUCAUUUAAAAAAAUAAUAAUCUAUAAUAAUCUUAAUUCUGCCUAGCUGUGCAGGGUUGUUACAGGUGUCAGUAGUGGCACCAGUGGAUGCUCUUGGAAAGCAGUAAAUCAAGAAAAAUUAGCUCAGCAUCUUAAAAAUACUCUUCUAGUGCUGUGCAAAUGGAAAAUGUUGCUCUGUUGUUUUGUUUCAGUCAUCAGUAUCAGUGUCCCAUGCUACUAUUUUUUUUUCUAGCUCAGAGACCAGAUUUUUCAAGCCUAAUUUGGUUUAAAUCCCCUGAAAUACAUAUUUCAUUUCUAUUUUAUUAAUUAAACUCAAAAUCAGUCAAAGUCAUUGCUAUUCCUUUUGUAUAAUGUAUUUAUAUCCUGCUGUCUGCAUGCUGGGGAUGAGGAGAUGCACUGGAUAAAAGUGGGUGUCUCCUUUGGUAUUCCUCAUCCAGAAUGAGCAGAUUCUGACUGGUAGGAGGUGGCUGGAAGUCAAAAUGUCCAUGGUUUGUGUCUGAGCUUUGAGAACAGGCCAGGAGCUGGUAGAUAGCCACAAUGUCAGGAUUUUAUUUUAUUUUUUUAAUGAUUCAUUAUCCAUUCUACUUAAAGUGGAAGAAUUCUUUCUGAAUGUCAUUUUCUCAUCAGUGUUGCACAUAGCAGAGUGAUUAAAUGUAGUGCUUCAAUCAAAUUAAUCUUUGAGGUUUUUUUCUUACAUCUCCCUCUGGAUUAAAGUGCUCAUAAUGACAUCAGUUAACAUCUACUCACCGGGACUGAAAAGUAAACAUGAAACAUUUGCCAAAAACUGAAGUAUCUUUUCUUUUGUAAUGCAGUGUAAAAUGAUUUGGGGCUAUUUACAUC